UAUAAUCCUUAUCACGUAACAAUUGUACUUGUUUUCUAUAUACUAGGACAAUGAUGUUGAGUCCGCUUACAUCAAUAGCGUUUGAGCAUCAGUGUAUUCCUGACCUAUGGUAUAUGGUAUGAUUAUAACUGCGAUAUAAUUAUAUCCUACAAACUACAAAGUAAAAGGAUAGUUUUAAAGUAUUAAGGCACAAUGGAAACAAAAGUAAUAGAAGUUGAAAUUCCGGUUCCGUGGGGCCACGUUGCAGCAAAAAUAUGGGGCAACCAAAACGAUCCUCUCGUGUUAGUGAUUCACGGGAUUAUGGAUAACGCCGGCUCCUUCGAUAGAUUAAUCCCGCUUUUACCCACUUCAUUUUGCUACAUCUGCAUUGACUUGCCUGGACAUGGUAGAUCCAGCCAUUUCCCACCUUUUUUGCCAAUCUAUACAAUUAAUUACGUGAUCGUCUACAAAUUAAUAAUGCAGUAUUACAAAAGAGAAAAGUAUAUAAUACUAGGACACAGCUAUGGAGCCCAAAUUGGUUUCUUAUUUGCACGGUUGUAUCCAGAAUAUGUAGAAAAAUUAAUAAUGCUGGACACUAUACACUUCUUUCCCAUACAUGUGGGACAGUUUCAACAAAAUCUCACAGAUAAGUUUGAUUAUAUUAUCGAGUUAAAUGAGAAAAUGAAAACAAAAAGUAGACCAACUUACACAUACAAUGAAGCCCUGCAAAAAUUACAGGAUCAGAGAAGAAACGGCCAUAUAACUCGUGAAGCUGCACAAGCUUUGAUACACAGGUCAAUAACAAAAGCACCAGACGGAAAGUAUGCUUUUACUUUGGACCCAAGAAUGAACAGUUUCGUGAAUCCCAUUCACGAUUUUCGAUAUAUUAUUGAUACUUUGAAAAAAUUUCCAGUGACGUGCCCUGUGCUCAUGUUGCUGGGACGCGAUUCUGAACUGCAGCAGAUGUACAUGAAACCUGUUACAAAAUUUUUGCAAAGAUAUAGAAAUAUUCGAAUCAAACAGGUGGAUGGUACUCAUGAUGUUCAUAAUAACAAUCCAGAGAUUGUUGCACCAUAUGUAUCAAAGUUUUUACUAAUGAAGAAGGGUAAAUUAUAAAUAAAUGUAAAUCAUUUUAUGUUAGUUGUAUGUGUGUGGCGUAUGAAAUGGGUGAUAUUUCCGUCCGUGUCCUAAAACUUUUGUAUAUAGCGCUUAAGCAACAAGUCACAAGGUGGCAUAAUUUUAUUGUCAUUUUUAUAUGUAUUUUUAGUAAACACCAGUGGUUGUAAGAAUUGUAUUGGAAAAUAUACAUUUACUUAUUACGUUUAUCAGCUAACAAGUCAAAACUUGUAUGAUAUAAAAUAAAAUUUGAUUAUACACUA